GGAAAUGAUUGGGUAUGACAAAUCAGAAGUGAAAUAACUCAGCAACAGCAAGCAACAGGCUGCUGGUCGUUAAGCAAAAAGACAACCAAGAAAUAGCACAAGAACUCACAAUCCCAAAAUCUAUUGAAGAAAUGGCUACCGCAUCAGCACAUCUGCCCAUCCAAAAGCGCCAAGCGCACGAGCACAAUGGUGAACCCAGCUGCCAGGGUCUGGAGGAGAUGAACCGUAUGUUCCGGAACUUCUGGGAUCCCACGGCAUACUGGGUGUGCGAUAAGCAAGGCACGCGGGCUCGUCUCCAGCGCUGUCCGCAGUCGCAACUUUACUCCGAGGAACUGGGACGCUGCGUCCACUAUGCUGAUUGGGCCUGGACGGAUCCCAAGGAGCCACCAAGCCGAGCUAAAAUUAGCCAAUCGGUGUCAACCAACUAGUGAUAGCUAUUAACGGCUACUCUUCAUUUAAGGCUACUCUAAGAAAACCAACCUCAUUACGCUUAGGUCUAUGUUUACAAAAUACCUUUAUUUUUAAUGAAAAUAAGAAAAAAUCAGUACAAAAUCAAAA